GGCUGAGGGCGGGCGGGCGCGGGGGAGGGAGGGGGGCUGGUCCGCGACGACUCCCCGGACGGCGUUUCUCCUCCGAGCGGCGCCGAUUUCGGCUUUGGGGGGGGCGGGGGUACAGCCCAUCCAUGACCAUGGGCGACAAGAAGAGCCCGACCAGGCCAAAAAGACAAGCGAAACCUGCCGCAGACGAAGGCUUUUGGGAUUGUAGCGUCUGCACCUUCAGAAACAGCGCUGAAGCCUUUAAAUGCAGCAUCUGCGAUGUGAGGAAAGGCACCUCCACCAGAAAACCUCGGAUCAAUUCUCAGCUGGUGGCGCAGCAAGUGGCGCAGCAGUACGCCACCCCGCCGCCCCCGAAGAAGGAAAAGAAGGAGAAGGUGGAGAAGCAAGACAAAGAGAAACCUGAGAAAGAUAAGGAAAUCAGUCCUAGUGUUACCAAGAAAAAUACCAACAAGAAAACAAAACCAAAGUCCGAUAUUCUGAAAGAUCCUCCUAGUGAAGCAAACAGUAUACAGUCUGCAAAUGCUACAACAAAGACCAGUGAAACGAAUCACACCUCAAGGCCCCGGCUGAAAAACGUGGACAGGAGCACCGCACAGCAGUUGGCAGUGACUGUGGGCAACGUCACCGUCAUUAUCACAGACUUUAAGGAAAAGACUCGCUCCUCCUCGACCUCCUCAUCCACAGUGACCUCCAGUGCAGGGUCAGAACAGCAGAACCAGAGCAGCUCGGGGUCAGAGAGCACAGACAAGGGCUCCUCCCGUUCCUCCACGCCAAAGGGCGACAUGUCAGCAGUAAAUGAUGAAUCUUUCUGAAAUUGCACAUGGAAUUGUGAAAACUAUGAAUCAGGGUAUGAAAUUCAAAUCCUCCACCUGCCCAUGCUGCUUGCACCCCCUGGAGAAUCUUCUGUGGACAUCGGCCUCUUAGUGAAGCUGCCAGGAUGAUUUCUGCUUGCCAUGGGCAUCUGGCCACCAAGGAAUUUCGCACCCUGACGAUUACUCUUGACACUUUUAUGUAUUCCAUUGUUUUAUAUGAUUUUCCUAACAAUCAUUUAUAAUUGGAUGUGCUCCUGAAUCUACUUUUUAUAAAAAAAAAAAAAAUCUGCUGUGCACAAUUUUCCAUGUACAUGACAACUGGUUUUUUGUUUUUGUUUUGUUGGGGGGGGCGGUGGGGGGCUGGGUGGGGGAGGGAACUUUUAUUUAUUGUGUUCACAGACUCCAUCCUUUCAGCAUAUCCUUUUAAGUUUAGUUCUUUCUUCCAGUUAUACUAUGUACUAUCAGUUUUGAUAUAACUAUAUAUAUAUAAAUAUAAAAUUAUAUAUAAAGGGUUAUUUGAAACCAAUCCAUGGCAACGCUGGUGCUUGAUACACUGUGAAGUGAAUACAACAUUGAACAGUUACAGAUCUGGGACAGUCCCUUCUAGGAAAGUGCUGAAAUUAAAGUAAAAUCAGUCCUACAUGAAGUAUGUUCCAACCCACGUGGGAACUUGACUCUCAUCUGUCUAAAGAGUACUGGACGAUAUAAAAAUAUAUAUUUUUUACACAAUGUGAUCUCAGAUUUCAAGACUGCUCCAGAUAGCCUGCAUUUGCAAUGGAAUAACUGACAAAUCACAAAUGGUUUAGUUGGGAGGGCUUUGAAGACGAUUCAAAAGUAACUAAACUAGCUCCAGAAUGCCAAGUAUUCGUGUAAGUUCCGGUUACAUGUUAGCAUUGCUGUUCUUACAUAAGCACUCAUGAAAAUAUGGUAUUCUGUAACUCGAAUUCCAUCCAUUUUCCAGACCUCCACUCAUGUCUGAGGUAAAUCUCUUAGUUUCAGGACUGAAACUGUCUAACCUAUAUUUUUGGUCCAUACAAGAAGCAACUCCCUAUUACCACUUUGCACGUGACAUUGCAGUCGUGGUUUUUGUAAUUGAAGUUGGUUUGCCUUGUGUCCUCUCCUUUUCCUUACCCUGCCAAUUUAGUUUAUGAGAGUUCUUCUUCCUUCUUAAGACCUACUCUUGUUUGUUUUUGACUGAACCAAGGUUAUCAAACGCACAUCCAGUCCCGACAUGGAGUAUUUACAGUGUUUAGAGACAUUUCUCGAUUCCCUGCUGUGGGAACGUGGUGAAUGGUUUAAGCAUUAGCAGCUAGAAUUGCAGGGAAAGUUCAGACUUCCUGCGAGCGUGUGAUCUUUGUCUUUUUCAACAUUUCUGUUCCCUCAUUUCUCACUGUCUUGCAAAAACAAAACAAAAAACAAAGACCACUAACAUGAUUCCACCCCCUCCUUGUUUUUCAAAUGUGUUGUUUUGCUUUGUUUGGAUUUCGGGUCUCUUGCGUUUGACUCUUACGUUCAUAUCCACGCGGUCUGUAGGCUUCAGAGUCAUUUCAAACAUGGGAACUUGGUGUCACCUUCCUUUAUUGAUCAUACUGAAGGACUCACGGGAGGGCAGCGAUUUGUGAUGAAGUGCCACAUUGUGGGGUGAAAAACCUGGUUUGCUUAAGAACAGAAGUACCUGUCUAUGGAGGCAACGAGUAAAAAGAAACAAUUAACAGCUUGAUUUGAGUAGCCAAGAGGAAAGGUUCCUUUCACAUUUACAUUAAAACUAUUCGGUAGUCACUGGUGUGCCGUAAUUUAAAUUCUGUCCUCAAGGGUGUAGGCUGUAAAGCAGUGCUAUUUGUUGCUGUGCUCCUAUUCUCAAAUGCAUGGACAAUUGUUCCCCUCUUUUUAAAAUGAUGCUUGUAUCUGGGAUGCAAGCUAUGCUCUCUUUUUAAAUACAUUUUUAAAGUAUUUAUUAAUGAACCAAAGGAAAUCAGAUGCUUUCUGUAAGCAUCAGAAUAUAUAAUCCAUAGUGAUUUGACUAUGAAUUUUAAAUCCACGUUUUAAUAUUAGUGGGAUAUUGCAAAGACAUUCCUUCUAAAGUUUUAAUAUUCCUUUUAUUAAGGGUCUCAGGGAGGGUAAAUUAGUCAGCCAUAUUUAUUUUCCAGAGAUGUAAGGAAUUGCUACGUUUUCUAAUUACCUUUUUAAGAAAAUUUAAAUGCCACCAAACUCGUGGGUUGCACUGCUUUUUGAACCAAUAAGUGUUGGUAUGCACUUUGUUCAGAAACACUGUGUACUUUCUCAAAAUUCGUUUCAUGUAAAGUGAUUGGACCCCUAGAUUAGUGGAAAGAGCUGAUGAACCAGCUACUCAUAGGCUGCUAAUUAAUUCAUCGCCAGUGUCUUGGUUUUUCAGUUUUGCCUCCGUGAUAAAGAAUAGAGGAAAGGAUUGGGAGGGGUGAAGGCAGGGAGGGUUGCUUUCAAACAGGUGAGGUGAAAUUGGCAUUUUGCUAGAAACUGCAGCUAACACUGGGACUUCUCGACAGUCACAUGCCGUUGGGCCAGUCCUCCAGCUGCUGUGGUGUAUCCUGUUGAGAUAGUGAAGUGGUGGGGACUCUACACUUUUAAUUUCCGAAAUUGAAGACAUCCCUCAGGCAUGUAUUCUGGAAAUGGAAUUCCUAUAACUUAUGCAUUUGCAGUUUGCCCUACAACUAGUAGGCAGCGCAUAAAAACACUAGUGUAGUUUAUAAAGAUAUAUAUUAAAAGAGGACCAGAAAUACUUGGUAUUCAGUGGCACAGUAAGCAGGUUAUAAAAACAAAACAAACAAAAGCACAGUGUUACGCUUGCAAGUUUCCAUUUGUUUUCAUACCACACUCUCUAUCACACUCGUGCGUGCGCACACACGACAGAGCUUCCCCAGCGUGCUCUGCUUGAGUCAUGCAGUUUAAAAAAAAAAAAAGGGAAAGACAUCUUGACACCCACAAAAUAUUCUGAUCAAACCUUUCAGUUUCAAUCUGGAUCUUUAAAAACAUUGGCAGAAGCUUCUGUGAGUUUAGUUCCACUAAGAUGUCUCACCUGCCUUAUCAAGACCAUUCUCAGUCUACUUUUUUAAGCUACCGUAUCUUAAAUUAUUGAAAAUUUAUUAAUUGCUGAAUAUAUAAUAACCUUUGCUUGUAUGUAACCGAAAAUGGUUUAAGAGCCAACAUUUAGAGUAUGACAAUGGAGCUGAACAGUUUUUAAUGCGCAAGCAGUUCUGUUCUUGUGUAUGACUUGUAACCUUAAUUUACUGUGUAAAGAUGGUUACAUUAUUUCCUUAGCUUUGUUUGUUGGAGACAAAUAGAGAAUGCUUGUUAAGUAUGUCAAAACAUAAUCUUAUCUUGUGAAUUUUUGUUAAUGUAUUAUACGAGCUAUAUUUUUCAUUUGCCCAGAAAGACAGCUUGUAUAACGCUUUUGGAAGUUUCUGCUCUGUAACGUCUUUAGAGCUGACGGUCUGUUAGGUUUGUUUUUUUCUUCAUGCUAAAGUGUCAGUUGGUGGUUUUGUGAACUGGUCAGAAAUUCACAGGUCUUAAAUGUUUUGGGGAAAUUUAUAUUGGACACUGCUCUUUGUCUAGCAAAUAAAAGAUGUUAAUAUAUUCCUGUUACUGGCAUGUGCACGACUAUGUUAUUAGAAGCCACUUUAUCAUUUUCCUGCUUUAAAUAGAAAUGUCUAUUUAUGAAUUCUGCUUGUAGUUUUUUCACAAAUAAAAUAGUAAAAUUUA